GGUCAUUCACGACCACCUGCUCGUUUUCAAGGCCGACUCAAUUCUCGCGGGAGGCGUUUGCUGGAUACAUACAUACAUGGACAGAAUCGCUUACCACCCGAUUCGAGUUUCUCCCCACGCCUCACUGUUUUUGCCUUUGUCAGAGCAAGAACUGAAAAUUUAUCAGACUGAAUGUGUCAACACGCUCAGGGUCCCCUCAGGCUCUGACCCGAAUCUCAGCCGGAGUCAGCCGCCUGACUCUCAUAUAAAUACCAAUGACAAAGAGUCUGCUAUCCAGCCCUCUCCUCAGCUCGAGCAAGACAUCGGAUCACCUGUAGGCUAUACAACUCCAUCGCCAUUGUCAAUACCAAUUUCCUCCUUUCCAGCUGCACAGUACCCCCACGAGUCAUAUCCACCUCAGACCUCUUCAACAAACAAGCGGUCACUCCAAAGUCCCACUGAAUACAACCAGUCUGGUGCCGCUUCCUCAAGCAUGCCACAUUUUCCGAAACGCACUCGUCAUAAUCAUUCACCACAUCAUUCACUUAAUAAUGAUUCACACAAUUCAAUCAGUGAGACAGUGGCCCAACAUUAUAAUAUGAGGCCUAAUUUGACCAAAGGAGCACGAACGGAGUCGCCGAUCUUUGGGCUUCGGAAAUUCAACAAUUGGGUCAAAUCGGUCACGAUUGGGAAAUUUGCCUCGGUCGAGUCGAGUUUCAUGGCCCCUCUUUUAAGCUAUAACAACCAUCCUCAACAACAACAACAACAGUAUCCGCAUCAGCACCAUCCCCAUCCAAAAUCUAACGGAACCAAGAUCCUGGAAUUGGGUUGUGGCAAAGGCGGCGAUUUGGCUAAAUGGCAAAAUGCUGGCGUUAGAGAACUCUUUGGAUUCGAUAUCGCUCGAGUCUCGAUCGAACAGGCCCAAUCAAGAUAUCAAGAAAACUGCAGCCAGAGAUUCUAUGCAAAGUUCGUAGCUCUAGACUGUUUUUCUUUACCCAUCAGUUCAGUGUUAAGUCCAGAAGAGCUUAGGGAGCCAUUUCACGCGGUCUCCUUACAAUUUUGCAUGCAUUAUGCGUUCGAAAGCGAAGUCAAAGCUCGCACGAUGAUGGAAAACGUCACGAAAUAUUUGGUGACUGGUGGAGUGAUGAUCGGCACGAUCCCCGACCCAGAUCUGUUAAUCCAAGGAUGGGAAAGAUGUUCACGAGAAUCGAAUGUCGACAAGCCUAGCUUCGGAAACUCUGUCUACCAGAUCCGCUUUCCCUAUCCACUAUCGCCUCAACGGAGUGAACUGAACCAAGUCUACGGAAACAGAUACUCGUUUUAUUUGGAAGAUGCAGUGGAAGAUAUCCCAGAAUACUUGGUUCUUUGGGAACCCUUUGUUCGGUUGGCACAAGAGUAUGGACUCAAAUUGGUUUACAAGAAAGGUUUUCAUGAGCUUUUCCAGAUCGAGAGGGCCAAUCCUAGUUAUAAGAAUUUGCUAUACAAAAUGAGAGUGACCAACUCGGAGGGUAAUCUGGUGAUCCCUAAUGAUCAAUGGGAAGCAACCGGUAUUUAUUCUGCUUUUGCUUUUGUCAAAAUUUGAAAAGCAAUUCCAAUAGUCAAUUGUUAUCUAAAUAUGUGAAUUUCUUGUCAUAGCAAAAAAAAACCAGAGGAAGAAAGUUGAUAGAAGAAGAGACUCUCACGAAUGAUUGACGAUAUAUCCGUGUACAAUACAUAUUCAAAACAAAUUCUCUCCUAGCCUUCCAAUCUCAGCAUUUGUCAGAAUUUUUCUCUCUGGUUGGAUUAAAAGUUCAGCAAAUCAAGUCGUCCAGUGACACAUUGUUCAUUGAUAUCAGAUACAACAACUUUUGGUCAAUCCAUGACAUGUAAUACAUUUGUAAAACAACCAGAA